UAUUAUUAUAUUUAAUUAAUUCUCUUAUGUUAAAUUGGUAGAGUUGUGAUUAAAAUUUACGAGAAGUUAUGUUAAAUUUAUACAGUUUCAUUAUCAGAAUGCGACCGGAUGUAUAUUAGUAAUACAGAUGGGCCAAAGAAUGGAACUUUUAACGCUCCUUCGUUCAAAAUUCAAGAAGAUCAUUCUCGUCAAUGCAUCUAUACAUUUAUUGCAGCUGAAAACGAAAGAGUUCGGAUACAAUUUACUGAAUUCGACUUGCGGGGUCAACCUCCAGAAUGCAACUAUGAAUACAUAGAUCUGUACAUGGAAGUGGAGGAUCCGUCGAUUGAUCUCAUCGAUACUCCUUUUGGUGGUAGGAUCUGUGGCAAGAAUUUGCCAACCACUAGAAUUUCCAUGUACCAGACAUUCGUUAUGUCGUUCUAUACGGAGGAUACCGAAGUCAACAGUAACAUUUUUGGAGGGAUUUACGAUUUUAUAGAUGCUACUCAAUUCGUUGUUGGAACGCCAACUCCCAAUACAGUUUGCAGUUUCACCGUGUACAGCGACCGCAAAAGGGAAGGGGAAUUUUUAUCCCCUACUUAUCCUGGUGUAUAUCCUAAACAUUUGAAUUGUGAAUAUAAAUUUAUUGGCAGGAAAAAUCAGAGAGUACGACUAGAGUUUAUGGAUUUCGAUCUUUUUUAUGGCGGUUCGCAUUGCCCGUUCGAUUAUAUGAAGAUCUACGAUGGUGAUUCCGGUGAAGACAUGCUUAUUGGAACGUAUUGUGGUCAACAACGUAAUUUAGUGGUGUACUCAUCUACGGAAAAUUUGUAUGUUCAGUUCAUUACUCUGAAAAGGACAGCACAAGCGGCUAAUCGUGGGUUUUCAGCUUGGUUUGAAUUUAGUGAGAGAUUUGUUAGCUUAGAUUUUAUUGGAAAAAACGAUGGUGAACAUAUUCGUGGAACAGAAUGCGAUCAAAAAAUUUUAAGCAAGAAAGGUUCUCAAGGAUACGUUUAUUCACCCAAUUAUCCAUAUCCUUAUCAUCCUAACACUGUAUGUCGUUAUUACAUCUAUGGUUUACAAGAUACCCAAAAUUUAGAAAAAGUUAAACUGGAUUUUGAAAAGUUUGAAAUCUCAAGUAACGAUAAUGAAUGCACAAAUGGUCACUUGAAACUUUAUUUGCAAGGGCAAGAAGAAAGAUAUGCUUUUGAAGAAUUUGAUCAUAUGCUUUGUGGACUGGAAACACCAGCAGCAGUUAUCUCGGAAGGGCCGCGUUUAGUUAUGGUAUUUAAUAGCGGAUCUUCUCAAGGGAUUUUUAAAGCUAAAUAUAAUUUUGAGACAGAUUACAAAAUACCAGGUACUGCUAAACCAGAUGGAUCAUGUACAUUUACUUAUUUGAGCGAAAGUGAUCAGACUGGUGAAUUUAAUUCACCUCGCUAUCCUUCCAAUUAUCCAUCCCAUACAGAAUGUGAAUAUGUUUUUCUUGGUAAACCUGAAGAACAAGUGAAAUUUGUCUUCAAUUAUUUUCGCACAAGAACACAAAAUGAUGUCUCUGGAUACAACGAAAAAUGUGAGGAAGAUUGGCUAGAAAUUUAUGAAAUUUUACCAAGUGGUCGAGAACAGAAAUUAGGUAGAUAUUGUGGCAGUACAACUCCAGGACCUGUGGUAUCAGAUCCUGGGGUUUAUUCUAUGAAAAUGCUUUUAUCAACUGAUAAUGAAGGUGUAGCUAGUGGAUUUAGUGCUACAUAUACUUUCUUUAAUGGAACAAAUAAACCUGAAGAUUGUGGACAAAAUAUAAGUGGACAAGAAGAUGGUGUAAUUACAAGUCCAGGUUUUCCUGCAAAAUAUGAAUCACAUCGUCAAGUUUGUAAAUGGCAUAUUACUGUUCGUCCUAAUCAUAGAAUACUUUUAUUCUUUGACAGUUUUCUAAUAGAAGGUGAUCCGUUUGUAAGAGGUUGUCCUGGAGCAGUUGUAAGAGUUUGGCAAGAUCUUGGGCAGCAACCAUUAGAAUUAUGUGGAGAAAUAAAAAAUGAUACAAGAGAAAUAAUAUCAUCAUCAACAAAUUUGAAAUUAGCAUUUAUAACAGCAGCUAAAUCAACAGGAGCUGCAGGUUUCCAUGCAACAUGGACAGAAAUUAAAGAAGGUCCUUCUUGUGAUGGUUUUCAAUGUAAAUCUAAUGGAUUUUGUAUUUCCGAAAAAAUGAAAUGCAAUAGCAGAUUAAAUUGUGGUAAAAAUGAUAAUUCUGAUGAAUAUGAAUGCAUUCAAGAUCAAGGAAUAAAUAUUUAUUUAGUGGUUGGAUUAACAGUUGGUUCUGCUUUCUUGGUUGCUCUAAUAAUGUGUGCUGUGUGUCAUCGAAAGAGAAAACGUCGGAGACAACCAGACACACAGUUCGAACAGAGACCGAAGCCCCCCAGCGACAUUCCAAUCAUGUCUUUCGUUGCAGUAGACAGUGUCUGAGAAAUCAAAGAUAAUUGUCAGAAUUUGGAUAGAAGAUGAAGGAAAUGUUUGACUUUGUCUGAAUCGGCAUCUCAUCUCCCUAACAUUGCAAUAUGUUUGCCAUAAACAUGUCAGCGAUCAUACAUUUCCGUGCCAAAAAAGAAAAAAAAGCAAACAGCAAUUUGUUUUAUGGUCCUGACUAACGUCUUCCCCUUGUCCUAUAAACUAGAAAUAAAUAGAUGUUUUAUCCUUCUACAUACGGGUAAUCCUUUUUUAGAUGAAAAGUCCACAGCAAAGGCGAGAAGACUGCCAUCCUCUUGUUCAUUUGUCUUCAUUUUCUUCGGGCCAUUGUUAAGUUUAUGAACAUUACCCAAUGUUAUUUGUGCCAAUUAAAUAAUUUUACUCAUCUACCCAAAAGCACACUCAUCUGUUUCGGCAAUUAAGAUAUCGGACAUCGACUUAAACAACUGGGCAUCACUUUAUAACAUAGAAUUAACUUUAUUUUACUUUCAUGUGAUAGUAGAUAUUUAAAAAACCAAAUAACAUAUGCAUAAGUUUUGCCAAUGAAUUUUGUAUUAAAAUAUUCUAUGGAUUAGCUCAUUAAAAUUUUUGUUUAAAGAAAUAAAAUGAACACAUUCAGUGCCUCAAGUGCAUGACUUGUCUGCAUUACAGUAAUAAUGGCGUUGUGUGUUUCAAAAAACAUUCCACUAAUACAAAAGGCGUAUUUAACAUUUAUCUUAGAAACAUUUUUAAGAUCAAAGUUUUACAUUUAUUUUAAUUAAUUAUUUUUAUGAUUAUCCUUAGAACACUAAAAUUGUCAUAUCAGAAUAUAAAUGAUUUAUUUUAUUGUUACAGAGCGAUCUGCAUAUAUCAUUUUUAAUAUAGUAUGAAUGCGCAAUUGGCAGUUUCAUCAUAAUGCAUCUGACUGGGAGGAUAAUUUGUUUUUAAUUUCCAGUUGAGAAGUAUCUAUCUAUCUAUCUAAAUUUUGAAUUUAUGUUGAAUGUUUGUGAUGACCUAAAAUUUCUAUUUCCUGAACUCAAAUUGUACAUUAACAAGAAAAAAAUAUGAAAUUAUACUUAAUGAUUGGAUAUGUAAGUUUGUCUAAAGUCUUUAAAUUGUAAAUCAAGAUAUUGUUUUGAGAUUUCAUUAAGUCAGUUGUUUAUAGGUCCAUUAAAAAUGGAAUACUUGAACAGCUCAAUGUGAUUUAUGUUAUGUAUAAAUCAAAAGAAAAUGAAAUAUUCAUUCUGUUAAUAAUUUCAUGAUCUUUGUAAAUGUCAGAUUUUGUUAAAAAUUGUUAAUUCAAAUAAUUGUGAGCAUUUUAGUGCAAACAAAAAAAUUCAAAUCAUUAAUAAAAACAAUUUGUUACUAAAUGUUGUUUUCUUUUAUUUAAAUGUUAGUUUUUUCAUUUGAAAGGAAUUGGUGAAUAUGUAAUUUGAAAGAAUAAGAGUUUAGUUAUUCAUUCAUGUGGAUUUGGUGAUGUUCAAUAAUGUUUUAGGAUUUAAAUUACAAAUAUUUAUUGUAUUUUUAUAUAAUGAUUCUUAGGGUUUAUUUUGGAUUUUCUAAGCAUAAUAUUUACUCAUUAUAAAUUACGUUCCACAGUUUUGUCAACAGAUUUGUCACAAGAUUUGUCACAGAAUAUUAGGAAAAUAUCCAAUAAGUUCACAGUUCUCUAGCAAAAAAAUGUCAUUAAAUCUAAAGACCAAUUUCCUUUGAUUUUAACAUAUAGAAGAAUUAUUAAGUCUUUUUUACUUA